AUGUCCUCUGAAAAGGUGUUAAAUUAUACGCCAGCUUUCAAAUCGUUUCUGGAUACAUCUUUCUUCCACGAGCUGUCGAGAUUGAAGCUCGAUGUUCUGAAGUUAGAUUCGACGUGCCAACCGCUUGUUGUAGAUCUAGAUCUUCAAAAUAUUCCCAAAUCUGCAAAUCAGGUUCCACUAUUCUUAACCAACAGAAGUUUUCAGGAACACAGUAAUAGGUCUGGUAAUGAAGUGCCCAUACAAGGCAAGAUUUUCAACUUCAAUGUAUUAGACGAGUUUAAAAACUUGGACAAACAACAAUUUUUGUAUCAAAGAGCUUUGGAGUGCUGGGAAGAAGGUUUGAAAGAUAUCAAUAAAUGUGUUUUCUUUGUGAUUAUCAGUUUUGCUGACUUAAAAAGGUACAGGUACUAUUACUGGUUAGGUGUUCCUUGUUUUCGAAGGCCCUCUUCGACUGUAGUACAUGUGCGGCUAGAGCCAAAUUCAGCAGAGCUUUGCGCAAGGUAUCAAAAAUGGUUUGAUAUCAAUUAUUCAAAAUGGGUCUGUAUAUUGGAUGAAGAUAAUAACAUAGUAAAUUAUGAUAAGGAUAUUAUUGAAAAAACUAAAGUUCUAGCGGUGAGAGACACAAGUACAGUAGAAAACGUCCCCUCAGCUAUAACGAAAAACUUCCUCAGUGUACUACAACAUGAUGUUCCUAGCUUGAUAGGUCUCAGAUUACUAAUUAUUAGGCAGAACGGAGGGAGUUUUGCAUUAAAUGUCACAUUUGUCCCCGGUAACCCACAGUUAUCAUCAGGUAACCCAGAUAUGAAGGUUUCUGGGUGGGAAAAGAAUAUGCAGGGAAAACUGGCACCACGAGUUGUUGAUUUGAGCUCUUUGCUGGAUCCUUUGAAGAUUGCAGAUCAAUCAGUGGAUUUGAAUUUAAAGCUGAUGAAAUGGAGAAUUGUUCCUGACCUAAACUUGGAUGUCAUCAAGAAUACAAAAGUAUUACUACUAGGUGCUGGCACACUGGGUUGCUAUGUUUCACGUGCAUUAAUGGCAUGGGGUGUAAGAAAAAUAACAUUUGUGGACAACGGUACGGUUUCAUAUUCAAAUCCAGUAAGGCAAGCAUUAUAUAAUUUCGAUGAUUGUGGCAAAUCAAAGGCAGAUAUUGCGGCUGCAAGUUUGAAAAGAAUAUUCCCCUUAGUAAAUGCUACGGGUGUAGAAUUAAGUAUUCCUAUGAUUGGUCAUAAACUAGUUGACGAAGAAGCCCAACAUGAAGAUUUUGAUAGGUUAAGAACGUUAAUAAGAGAGCACGACGUUGUUUUCUUAUUAGUGGACUCUCGAGAAAGCAGAUGGCUACCGUCAUUAUUGAGUAACAUGGAAAAAAAAAUAGUUAUCAAUGCCGCUCUAGGUUUCGAUAGCUAUUUAGUUAUGCGGCAUGGAAAUAGAGAUGAGGACCCUUCAAAAAGGUUAGGUUGUUACUUCUGUCACGAUGUGGUGGCACCAACUGACAGCUUGACUGAUAGGACUUUGGACCAAAUGUGCACAGUAACCAGGCCAGGGGUUGCUAUGAUGGCCUCUUCUUUGGCCGUCGAAUUGAUGACUUCCUUACUACAGUGUAAAAACUCAGGCUCAGAAACAACUGUUUUAGGAGAAGUACCUCAUCAAAUACGUGGCUUUUUGUAUAAUUUUUCUACCUUGAAAUUGGAAACUCCAGCGUACGAGCAUUGCCCAGCAUGCAGUCCCAAAGUUAUUGAGGCAUUUACGGACUCAGGUUGGCAAUUCGUAAAAAAAGCACUGGAGAACCCACUUUACCUCGAGGAAAUUAGCGGGUUAUCAAUUAUAAAGCAAGAGGUUGAACUACUAGGUGAUGAUGUUUUUGAAUGGGAAGAUGAUAAAUUCGAUGAGAUCGUUUGA